AUGUAUACUGCAAUACAACUGAAAAUUCUAUUUCUCUCCUUGACAUUAUUUUCCGAACCAUUUGAUACGCAAUCUCCGGUCAUUCAUAUUAAUCUCCGAAAUGAUCGAUAUCUUUAUCCGUACGCAUAUAGUGGCAACACAGCUUUGGUAAGCUCAACCACACCACCCCUGGCAAAUCAAGUUUUAUCACCACAUUCAUAUUAUUACAGUCCGGACUUAUAUUCACAAAGCACGCCUCAUCACCCAUUACUUUACACUAAUUUAAUGUAUGAUCCCAUGAAAAAUGUCAAUUAUCAAUAUUUGCAAACUAAUUUACAAGAAAAAUUUUACCAAAAUAAUUAUCGAGGAGUUAACAAUGAUCUUCAAAAUGCAACAAAUUACAUGUUGCCAGUGGUUCGAACGAAUGCUGAUCAAAAUAAGAUGAAUUAUGCGAAUAUUUUAAAAGAGUAUAAAACAGGCGCAAUUUCAAAAUAUCUUAGAAAUUCGAUUAAUAAUAUUAAUGGUUACGAUUAUUCGAUCAAUCCAAUGAAUCAAAUGAACACAGCGAUCAGAAUCGCUCAAAAUCCUUAUACUGGAGCAUACAACAACAGUGAUGGACCUCUUCACAUCAGUGACCAUGGUCUGGUAUACGAUGCUACCGUGUAUUGGCCACAAAGGGUAUCAAACCGAGCUGCUGCACCAGAUUCCUCCAGCUAUUAUCAAGCUACUCUUAUCAAUUAA